GAGGAGUUGUAAUCAUAUGACUUGUCGAUCGAUAUAGAAAAAAGGUUGAGUUUUCUUUUGCGCUGCGUUGGAAGUUUCGUUAUUGCCACACAUUUCGCGCAAACCACAGAGCGGUCAUAGAAGCGUAGAGUGAUAGGAAACAGACCAAAUUAAAAACAGCCAUAAAGCAACUCUUGUUUUUUCUCUGUCUCUGUCCGUGUGUUGUGCCUGUGCAUUUAUUUAGAUUGCAAAAAUGAACAGCGCUGGCUUUAUGUUCAACAUUGACAACGGCUACUUGGAGGGCCUAUGCCGUGGAUUCAAGUGCGGCAUUUUGAAGCAGGCGGACUACCUAAAUCUGGUGCAGUGCGAGACCUUGGAGGACCUGAAGCUGCAUCUGCAGGGCACUGAUUAUGGCAGCUUUCUGGCCAACGAGCCCUCACCACUCUCGGUGUCGGUGAUUGACGAUAAGCUGCGCGAGAAACUGGUCAUCGAGUUCCAGCAUAUGCGCAACCAUGCUGUGGAGCCGCUGUCCAACUUCCUGGACUUUAUCACCUAUGGCUACAUGAUCGACAACAUCAUCUUGCUCAUCACGGGCACUUUGCACCAGCGCCCCAUUUCCGAGCUGAUACCCAAAUGCCACCCGUUGGGCAGCUUCGAGCAGAUGGAGGCCAUACAUGUGGCAUCAACGCCCGCUGAGCUCUACAAUGCCGUGCUGGUGGACACACCUCUGGCACCCUUCUUUGUCGACUGCAUUUCUGAGCAGGAUCUCGACGAAAUGAACAUCGAAAUCAUUCGCAACACGUUGUACAAGGCAUAUUUGGAGGCAUUCUACAAUUUCUGCAAGAAGAUGGGAGGCGCCACUGCCGAUGUCAUGUGCGAAAUUCUGGCUUUCGAGGCCGAUCGUCGCGCCAUCAUCAUUACCAUCAACUCUUUCGGCACCGAACUGUCCAAGGAUGACCGAGCCAAGUUGUAUCCCAACUGUGGCAGGAUGUAUCCGGAUGGCUUAGCCGCUUUGGCACGUGCCGAUGACUACGAACAGGUGAAGACCGUGGCCGAAUAUUAUGCCGAAUAUGCAGCACUAUUCGAUGGCUCCGGCAACAACCCCGGCGACAAGACGCUCGAGGACAAGUUCUUUGAGCACGAGGUUAAGCUGAAUGUGUUCGCCUUCUUGCAACAAUUUCAUUUUGGAGUCUUCUAUGCGUACCUCAAGCUCAAGGAGCAGGAGUGCCGCAACAUUGUCUGGAUUGCCGAGUGUGUCGCCCAGAAGCAUCGCGCCAAAAUCGACAACUAUAUACCCAUUUUCUAAGCGGGGGUCAUGUGCUUGGGCAUCGCACUAGCCAAUAUACAAAAUAAUUAUUAAUUUUUUUUCGUGCGUAUUUUUUUUUUUGUGUUUCCCCUCUUGUUAUUGCAACUGUUUAUAUAUAAUUAUUAUAAUACGAUACUAUGUAUGUAUUUCUGUCUGGGUAUUAUUGUUGCCACUCACACACACACACAAAAGCAAGCACACAUAACAUUUUAAUGUGCAAUCAGCGCAGCUGUUCAGUUUUCCGUUUACAGUCAUCCAAGUCGACAAGCAUAUGUAUAUGCCCAGUAUUUUAUUGCGCUGUCCUUCCAUGCCGGUGCAACUGCAUGUUUAUCAAAUAUAUUAAAUACAUACAUAUAUAUAGUGCAUGCGUUGUAUUUGUAAGCUUCAGCUAUAUAUCUUCGGAGGGAUUUUUACGGCGGGGGUCCAUUGAAGUCAUUAUUGAAUAUGUGUACAUAUGUAUAAUUAACAAUGUGGAAGGACACGGAGAUUGCAAACAAAUCAUUUAUGUUAACUACUAUAUAGAGACAAUUACAUGUUACAUAAAUAACUGCGUAUACAUACACACCUAUAAGAAAUGAAUGAAUUAUUAAAACAUGUUUCCAAACAUUCCUGUAAAA